UUAUAUCCAUUCCCAAUCCGGAAUUCUCUCACACACACAUACGUCGGGACCACAUGACAGGCAGCGGCGCCGCCCGAGGAGCUUCUUUUUUGCUCAUGGAGGUCUGCAAGACGUUUGGCUGCUAGCAACUGAUUGAUAUCUACAGUAGGUGAAGGCAAGAUGUUCCCGUGGUCGGCCGUGUUCUCCCUGGAACCCAAAGUAGCGGGCCAGCGUACCAGCGAGGAGCUGGUCACCAACACCCUGAUGCUGGAGUUGGGCGCCAUGGUGAAGCGAACCGAACGCAUCCGCCUGGAACAGGCCACGGAGGGCCGCCGCCGCCGGCGAGGUUCCUCCACCGUGGCGGACUACACCUGGCUGGCCAACACGCAGAACCCGCAGCCGUACCAGCUGACCCCCAACGACCUGCUGGAGCUGCAGGGGCUCUGCGCCAAGAUCCCCCCCGCCCAGUGCGGGCCUGUCAUCGUCAGGUUCAGGAAGCUGGUGUCCCAGAUGGAGCCCGAGGUCUACGAGGUUCCCCGUCUGUUCCGCACGGUGCUGCGGGACUGCCUGGAGGAGCUGACCUCGGGAGAAGACGACGAGCAGACGCCUCGCGGCGCCCUGAUCAAGCAGCAGCGCAGCAAGAGCCUCUCCUUCAUCACAUUCCGCACCAGAUUCCGAACGGGAUACUUCUUCAAGGGGAGCGGCCUGAGGGGAUCCAGGGGGAACCUGCAGCAGCAGGUGGAUUGGUCGGACGAGGAGGAGGAGGAUGAAGGAGAGGACGAGGAGGAGGCCAUUAAGGCCAGAUCUAGGAAGGGAAGGAGCCGCAGCAUGCCGGAGAUUACGCCUUUGGAGCAAAGCGCCCAAGGCUGAUGAUGAUGAUGAUGUACAGGAAGUGUAGGUCACAGAAGUGUAAAUAUAUGCUACAAAAAAUAUUUUGUAAAAUUUUAUUUUGUAAAACAUUGCUCCCGCACUCUAUCGCUGUUUAUCAGGAAAUACUGACUUAAUAAAUGGUAUAUGGCGCCAUUAUUAGUCCAAUAAAAUGUAUAUUUAAGCAAAGAUUACGUAUUAUUUGCCCAAAUUAAGCAUUUUGUGUUGUAAAUGAACAAAACUACAAAUAAAGUUUUAUUGAACUGUAGUCUACCGGCCACUAGGUGUCACUAGUAACACGGUCCGGACUUCUUCGCCAGAAACUUCUUCAUUCAUUCAUUUUCUACCGCUUAUAUUAUUUUAUAUUUAUUCAUUUCGCAAUAUACACCUUAAUAAUGUAUUAAUAAUAAUAGUUAUCAUCACUAUUGUGAGCAUACUUGAGCGCUAAAUCCCCGACUUCACUUCCUGUUCACGCGUCCGGAAGACAUUCAUUGAAACACACAAAUGGCUUAUUUUCUUUUACUCAUAUUGGGUAAUAAGAGUGACUAUUAAAUUAUUAAUAAUGGUAAACUCCAGCGUAUAAAGUCAUAAAAAGUUUUUAUGUGAUCUUACUACGUGAAUAUAAACAUAUUUUCUGUCUCUCAUUUAUAACGUUAAUUAGUUCCACGACAGCGUUAAAUGCAUUUCCGGUAUCCAUGUCCCAAUGUUAAUAAUGGAAUAUUUUCGUAGUUAAGAGCAUAGAAAACCUGUUUAUGACUUUGUAAAUAGGGUUGCUAACAUUAUUACAGCCAUGUAGACAUGAAACAACACAUCUAUAGUUACUUUACAGUCCUAUUAUUCAUUGUUUACGCUACAUUGCAACGGCCGCUAGCUAGCUAGCCAGUUAGCUUCGAAGCUUUAUGUACCUAGUGUUAAGGUUAAUGUAAGCUAAUAUCUCAAAUGUUUUGUGUUAUUAUUGCCACCUGGUGUCCAAAAUACUACAUACUGUAUAUUUGUAUUUACGUGUGAGUAAAAAUAGACCACGCCUCCUAUUAUUCAUUGUUUACACUACAUUGCAACGGCUGCUAGCUAGCUAGCCAGUUAGCUUCGAAGCUUUAUGUACCUAGUGUUAAUGUUAAUGUAAGCUAAUAUCUCAAAUGUUUUAUGUUAUUAUCGCCACCUGGUGUCCAAAAUACUACAUACUGUAUAUUUGUAUUUACAUGUGUGAGUAAUAAUAGACCACGCCUCCUAUUAUUCAUUGUUUACACUACAUCGCAACGGCCGCUAGCUUGCUAGCCAGUUUGCUUCGAUGCUUUAUGUAUGUACCUAAUGUUUUAGAUGGUAUGGUUGACUUCAUACAGUGCUAAGGUAAUGUAAGGUAAGCUAAUAUCUCAAAUGUGUUUGUCAUUACCGCUACCUGGUGUCCAAAAUACUACAUACUGUAUAUUUGUAUUUACAUGUGUGAGUAAAAAUAGACCACGCCUCCUAUUAUUCAUUGUUUACACUACAUUGCAAAGGCCGCUAGCUAGCUAGCCAGUUAGCUUCGAUGCUUUAUGUAUGUACCUAAUGUGGUAGAUGGUAUGGUUGACUUCAUAUAGUGUUAAGGUAAUGUAAGGUAAGCUAAUAUCUCAAAUGUGUUUGUCAUUACCGCUACCUGGUGUCCAAAAUACUACAUACUGUAUAUUUGUAUUUACAUGUGUGAGUAAUAAUAGACCACG